CGUGGCCAGUCAGCGGAGCAGCCGAGGAGGAGUUUACAUGUUGGAGAUUAAUUUAAUGUCUCAUCAUAUGGAUCACUGAAUGGGUAAUAAAUGGCCCUUCCUCGCCUAACAGGAGCGCUGCGCUCCUUUUCAAAUGUCACUAAACAAGAUGAUUAUAGUGAAGAAACUGCUGACUUAACGGAUAAAAGAUCCAAGUUGCAAGAACAGCUGUUGAAUUGUGGUCUUACCUGGAAGAAAAUAGUUACAUUUGUUGAUGAAAAUUCACCCAAGGAAAGCCAGCAAUCUCUACAAGGAGAUUUAAAGACAAUACUGCAAGCUGCCAAACAUAUAGUGGGAUCUGAGAAUGGACAAGAAGCCAUUGAAGGUGGUGCUGUUUUCCUUUUUAAAACAUUCCGCAUGAAGGAAUGUGUUGGCCAUGAUGAGACCAAAGCCAUCAAGCAGAUGUUUGGGCCCUUUCCGUCCUCUUCUGCUACCGCAGCCUGCAAUGCCACCUGUCAGAUUGUUUCUCACUUCCCUGAGGAACAGCUCACCGCCCUUCUGCGGAUGUCAGAAGAGCAAAACGGCAGCACAAAGCUGUGUUUCGGCAAAAACGUCACAUUUUCAUUUGACAUGCAUGACUUGGAUCGCUUUGAGGAACUGCCAGUCAAUGGCGACAUGGCUGAGCAGAAAGUGAUAAGCUUGGAUUACAAGAAAUUUCUGAAUAACCAUUUGGAACGUUUCCCCAACUGCUGUGAUGAACGCUCUGCUGCGAAGUCGUUGGAGAAAGUGGACGAUUCUUUUCUGUGGUGUGAAGUCGGGAAGUAUCUGAAUGAGUCGCUGAAGGGAACUUCUGGAGGCCCGACAACGGAGCAUCUUUGCUGCACUUUGUACGAGAUGCUCGCUUCGCAGAAAAGCGGUGAUGAGCUUCAGAAUGAGUUGUUUGAGUUGCUUGGACCUGAGGGAUUUGAACUCAUAGAGAAGCUCCUACAGAACAGAUCUACGAUCGUGGAUAGGUCUUUCUCUGGAUCACAUGAUUAUAACCUACAAACUCUGCAAGAACACUGCAGAAUGCUUGCAGGUGAAAAUGCUAAGCCCAAUUAUGGCUGUCAAGUCACAAUUCAGUCUGAGCAGGAGAAGCAGUUAAUGAAACUAUAUCGCCGUGAAGAAAAACGAAGUGCCAGGCGAGAGAAACGAACUGGGGACGAUGGAGAAGUUUUUGUAGAUGGAGGAACGUGCUUUGAUCCCAAGGAGCUGCGCAUGCAAAGAGAACAAGCACUUUUGAAUGCUCGCACAGUGCCAGUCCUGGGCAGACAGCGAGACACUGAUUUUGAAAGAAUCCAUUACCCACAUGUAUAUGAUGCACAAGCUGAAGCUAGGAAAACCUCAGCAUUUAUUGGGGGAUCAAAGAUGCUUUUGCCAGAAGCUAUUGAGAGAGAAAAUAAUAAAAUGUACGAAGAAGUAAAGAUCCCUCACAGUGAGCCAAUGCCUACUGGUUUUGAGGAAAAAGCAGUCUAUAUUAAAGAUUUAGAUGAGAUUGGGCAUCUUGCUUUUAAAGGCAUGAAGAGAUUAAAUCGAAUCCAGUCUAUCGUUUUUGAGACUGCAUACAACACAAAUGAGAACAUGCUAAUCUGUGCGCCCACUGGGGCAGGAAAAACUAACAUUGCCAUGUUAACUGUUUUGCAUGAGAUCCGUCAGCACGUUCAACAAGGAGUUAUCAAAAAGGAUGAGUUUAAGAUUGUUUAUGUUGCGCCUAUGAAGGCAUUGGCAGCUGAAAUGACAAAUUACUUCAGCAAGCGUCUGGAACCACUAGGCAUUACGGUGAAAGAGCUGACUGGCGAUAUGCAGUUGUCGAAAAGUGAAAUUCUACGAACUCAGAUGCUAGUGACCACUCCGGAAAAAUGGGAUGUAGUGACUAGGAAGAGUGUUGGAGAUGUUGCCCUCUCCCAGCUCGUGAAACUCCUGAUUCUUGAUGAAGUACACCUGCUACAUGAAGAUAGAGGACCUGUGCUAGAAAGUUUAGUAGCGCGCACCUUACGGCAGGUUGAAUCUACGCAAAGUAUGAUUAGGAUCUUGGGCCUUUCAGCCACAUUACCUAAUUACCUUGAUGUUGCAACAUUUCUGCAUGUUAAUCCCUACAUUGGACUAUUUUAUUUUGAUGGCCGUUUUCGGCCUGUUCCACUUGGGCAGACAUUUAUAGGGAUCAAAACAACCAAUAAGGUACAGCAGAUGAAUAAUAUGGAUGAAGUUUGUUAUGAAAAUGUCUUGAAGCAAGUAACAGCUGGACAUCAGGUGAUGGUGUUUGUUCAUGCUCGAAAUGCUACUGUCCGGACUGCUAUGGCUCUUCGUGAAAAAGCUAAAAAUAAUGGACAUAUUUGCUACUUUUUGCCAUCCCAAGGUCCUGAUUAUGGACAAUCAGAAAAACAAGUACAAAGAUCCAGAAACAAACAAUUACGUGAAAUGUUUCCAGAUGGAUUCAGUAUUCAUCAUGCAGGAAUGCUGCGGCAAGACAGAACUUUGGUGGAGAAUUUAUUUUCUCGUGGAUACAUAAAAGUCUUGGUCUGUACAGCUACGUUAGCUUGGGGUGUCAAUCUUCCAGCUCAUGCUGUUAUUAUUAAGGGAACACAGAUCUAUGCUGCAAAAAGAGGCGCCUUUGUUGACCUUGGAAUUUUAGAUGUCAUGCAGAUAUUUGGUCGAGCUGGGCGGCCUCAGUUUGACAAAUUUGGAGAAGGCGUCAUUAUUACAACGCAUGACAAACUCAGCCAUUACCUGACUCUGCUUACUCAGCAGAACCCAAUUGAGAGCCAGUUUCUCGAAAGCCUUGCAGACAACUUGAAUGCAGAGGUUGCGCUUGGAACAGUGACAAAUGUUGAGGAAGCAGUAAAGUGGAUAAGUUACACUUACCUUUAUGUACGGAUGAGAGCAAACCCAUUAGUAUAUGGCAUCAGUCACAAGGCUUAUCAGAUGGAUCCAAGUUUAGAGAAACACAGAGAACAGCUAGUGAUUGAAGUUGGUCGAAAGUUGGACAAAGCUCGGAUGAUUCGUUUUGAAGAGAGAACUGGGUUUUUUUCUUCAACAGAUUUAGGCAGGAUUGCUAGCCACUACUAUAUUAAGUAUAAUACAAUUGAGACUUUCAAUGAACUGUUUGAUGCUCAUAAGACAGAAGGUGACAUUCUUGCUAUAGUGUCUAAAGCAGAGGAAUUUGAACAGAUCAAGGUGAGAGAAGAAGAAAUAGAGGAGCUGGAAGCCUUGCUGGGUGAUUUCUGUGAACUUCCUGCUCCUGGUGGUGUGGAGAACAGUUAUGGGAAAAUAAAUAUCCUUCUACAAACAUAUGUUAGCCGAGGAGAGAUGGAUAGCUUUUCCCUUAUUUCAGAUUCUGCUUAUGUUGCACAGAAUGCGGCACGUAUUGUUCGAGCCCUCUUUGAAGUAGCACUUCGUAAACGCUGGCCUGCAAUGACAUACCGGCUACUAAACCUCAGCAAAGUUAUUGACAAGCGUUUGUGGGGUUGGGUCAGCCCUUUGCGACAAUUCUCGGUCCUUCCACCGCAUGUCCUUACCAAACUGGAACAAAAGAAUCUCACAAUUGACAAGCUGAAGGACAUGAGGAAAGAUGAGAUAGGUCAUAUACUUCAUCAUGUGAACAUUGGAUUAAAGGUCAAACAGUGUGUCCAUCAAAUUCCCUCCAUUACAAUGGAAGCCACCAUCCAGCCAAUUACACGUACUGUGCUGAGAGUUAGGUUGAACAUCACUUCUGAUUUCAAGUGGAGUGACCAGGUGCAUGGAACAGGUGGAGAGCCGUGGUGGAUUUGGGUAGAAGACCCUACCAAUGAUCACAUUUACCAUUCAGAAUAUUUUAUUAUUCAGAAAAAGCAGGUCAUUGCAAAAGAAACCCAACUGUUGGUUUUUACAAUCCCAAUUUUUGAACCAUUGCCGUCCCAGUACUAUAUCCGGGCUGUGUCUGAUAGAUGGUUAGGAGCUGAGGCUGUGUGUAUAAUCAAUUUUCAGCAUUUGAUUCUACCAGAAAGACAUCCACCUCAUACAGAAUUACUGGAUCUCCAGCCUUUACCUAUCACAGCUUUGGGACAUCCGAAGUAUGAAGCCCUAUACAAAUUCACUCAUUUCAACCCAAUUCAGACCCAGAUAUUCCAUACAUUGUAUCAUACUGAUUGUAAUGUUCUUCUUGGAGCUCCCACUGGCUCUGGGAAGACAGUUGCAGCAGAAUUAGCUAUCUUUAGAAUUUUCAACAACUAUCCCACAUCAAAGGCUGUGUAUAUUGCUCCCCUAAAAGCACUGGUGCGGGAGAGAAUUGAAGACUGGAAAAUUCGAAUUGAAGAAAAGCUGGGUAAAAAGGUUGUGGAGUUGACAGGGGAUGUGACUCCUGAUAUGAGGUCAAUUGCCCAAGCUGACCUUAUUGUUACUACGCCGGAGAAGUGGGAUGGGAUCAGCAGAAGCUGGCAAAACCGAAGUUAUGUUCAAAAAGUUUCCAUUCUCAUCAUAGAUGAGAUCCAUCUGCUAGGGGAUGAGAGAGGCCCUGUACUGGAAGUUAUUGUGUCUCGUACUAACUUCAUCUCAUCUCACACAGAAAUGCCUGUCAGAGUGGUUGGUCUGUCGACUGCAUUAGCUAAUGCCAGGGAUCUUGCUGAUUGGCUAAAUAUCAAUCAGAUGGGGCUUUUCAACUUUAGGCCAUCGGUGCGCCCGGUUCCAUUGGAGGUACACAUUCAAGGCUUCCCAGGCCAGCAUUAUUGCCCUCGUAUGGCUAGCAUGAACAAACCAGCUUUUCAGGCCAUUAGGAGCCAUUCUCCAGCCAAGCCAGUUCUCAUCUUCGUAUCAUCCAGACGUCAAACUAGGCUUACUGCUUUAGAACUGAUUGCUUUUUUGGCAACUGAAGAUGAUCCAAAACAGUGGCUGAAUAUGGAUGAAAGAGAGAUGAAUGAUAUCAUAGCAACCAUCAGAGAGUCUAACCUCAAACUGACACUUGCCUUUGGAAUUGGCAUCCACCAUGCUGGCCUGCAUGAACGAGACCGAAAAACCGUGGAAGAGUUAUUUGUGAACUGCAAAAUCCAAGUUCUUAUUGCCACUAGCACUUUAGCAUGGGGUGUCAAUUUUCCAGCGCAUUUAGUAAUUGUUAAAGGGACAGAAUUUUAUGAUGGAAAAACAAGACGUUAUGUUGAUUAUCCAAUUACAGAUGUUCUUCAGAUGAUGGGACGUGCUGGUAGACCUCAGUUUGAUGAUCAAGGCAAAGCAGUGAUUCUAGUUCAUGACAUCAAGAAAGACUUCUACAAAAAAUUCCUUUAUGAACCUUUCCCAGUUGAAUCAAGUUUGCUGGAAGUUCUGUCGGAUCACUUAAAUGCUGAAAUUGCAGCUGGAACUAUAGCUUCAAAGCAAGAUGCAAUGGAUUAUAUCACCUGGACCUACUUCUUCCGUCGCCUUAUCAUGAAUCCUAGUUACUAUAACUUAAACGAUGUGAGCCAUGACAACAUGAACAAGUUCCUUUCAAACCUUGUUGAGAAAUCACUCACUGAUCUGCAAUACUCUUACUGCAUUAAAAUAGGGGAGGAUGACCGCAGCAUUGAACCUCUGACUCAUGGCCGCAUUGCUUCAUAUUACUAUUUGAAGCAUCCAACUGUCAGGAUGUUCAAGGAUCGUUUAAAGCCUGAAUGUACUGUUGAAGAACUACUCUCAAUUCUGACGGACGCUGAAGAAUAUGCAGACCUCCCAGUACGACACAAUGAAGAUCAAAUGAACAGUGAACUGGCCAAACAUGUCCCCGUUGAAGUCAAUUCACAUUCCUUUGACAGUUCACACACAAAAACCCAUCUUCUGAUGCAAGCCCAUUUUGAACAUGCUGUGCUACCAUGCCCAGAUUAUGUCACUGAUACCAAGACGGUAUUGGAUCAGUCCAUCAGAAUAUGUCAGGCAAUGCUGGAUAUUGCAGCAAACCAAGGGUGGCUGGUGACUGCUCUAAAUAUUACCAGCUUGGUACAGAUGCUGAUUCAAGGGCGGUGGAUCCAUGACUCCUCUUUACUUACUCUACCUAAUGUUGAAUACCAACAUCUUCACCUUUUCAGAAAAUGGAACCAAGUGAAAAGGAAGGGCGGUUACCAAGGUCCUGUUGAAUGUCUUCCUGAACUGAUAGCUGCAUGUGAUGGAAAAGAGAACGUUUUUGCUUCCGUUGUAGAACAUGAUUUGCAUAACAAGCAUAUUACACAGGCUUGGCAUUUCUUGUCCCACUUGCCAGUAAUAGAAGUUAAUAUGAUUAUUAAAGGCUGUUGGGAUGAUGCUGUUCAAGAACAGAAAGAACUACCUAUCACACUGUUGCCAAUGAAUGUGCGGGAUGACAAAAACUGGAUGAAGUUGCAUGCAGAUCAAGAAUAUGUCCUGCAGAUUAAUUUGCGGAGAUUGCAUAUUGGUUAUACCAAGGGCAAGCAAGACAGCAAAGCAGUUGCACCUAGAUUCCCUAAGACCAAGGAUGAAGGGUGGUUCUUGAUCCUUGGAGAAGUAGACAAAAAAGAGCUUAUUGCUCUGAAAAGAGUGGGAUAUGUCAAACAUCAGAGUAUAGUCUCAGUUGCUUUUUACACUCCAGAAACUCCUGGAAAGUAUAUCUACACCUUGUAUCUUAUGAGUGACAGUUAUCUCGGAAUGGACCAACAGUAUGACAUUUAUCUGAACAUUCUCCCUGCUAGCACCUCGGUGCAGGUCAACACACAGAUCUCUGAUGCCUUAAAUGACCUGGGUCUGAAAUAACGUGGCCUGUGUACUCUCUUGUGCUGGCAUGUUCGUUCUGGGAAAGUGAAACUCUGUUUGCCUUAGCGCAAUCAGCAUCCAACUUCGACACCCAGGAAAUUGAAAAUGAAUGCUGCAUUGAUUCUGAUAACACAAGAGUUAACCACAGUGGCCUUUCACCUGAUAAAAGGGUUGCAUUUUUGAAAAAAAUAGAACAAAUCAUUUUGUAGUUUUCUUGUAAAGCGACUCUGUUUUCCUAUUAAAAUAUAUGCCACAGUUUGGUUUGGGCAGAUCAAUAUACGAAAGGACUAGCAAUUUUAAUUUGCAAAAACUAAGUUUUCCAUUAACAUCCAUGAAAACAUUGUUGUAGCCACUUUCUGUGAUCCAAAGACAAAAUUUACAUAGGAGAAAGAGAACUGCACGCACAGCCGGAGAUUUCGCUGCAGUAGCUACCCACUCUUAAAGAGGUAAGCUGUGGUCAGAAAGAAACUUCAGUUGCGUGAAUAUACACAAAUGAUACCUUUCAAUCACAGCAAUUCUGCAUACAUGGUCUUUUCCCCCUUUAAUUUAUGAGACAUAGGGGGAAAAUAGUUCCUGACAUACAUUGCAAGAUUUUGUAUUGAUGACAAAUGCCUGUUACAAACCUGCCUGUCAUCUCAGAAUUUUCUAUGUAAAAUGUAUAGUGCAUAGUAAUAAAGUUCAGCACUUAAAGCGCA